UACAGGAACAAUUGCAUAUUCUUCUUUAAAUCGACGGGCAGUAAACCUGUUCUCAAACAAUUAAACGAAAACGUUUUCUUUCGUCACAAAGAAUGGCAAAACCUUUAGCGGUCUUGUUGGUUCUUAUUAUUUUUCUGUCCCAAGGAAUGACCUUGGUUUUUGGGAAAAAUUGUAAAUUCAACAAAAGAUACGCUUGCGGCAUUGAAGAUUGUAACUGUCGCUAUGUGAAUCAGAAUGGUGGAAGUAUUUCUGGUCUGUUGAAAAGAUUCAAUGCUCUAUUUACACAUGUCAGUCCCGUUGAGGAUCAAGUUUGUGACAAGUGUCAAAUAUUUUGUACGGAAGAGAAACACAUCAAUUGUCAGCAUGGUUCAUGUGACAAGGAGAAAGGAUGCAUUUGUCAAGAUUGUUGGAGUGGUGAAACAUGUUCUAAAUACCGCAAAUAACAGCCAGCCAUUGUUGAAACAGACUCUUUAUUUUGGUCAUGUGAAGAAAGAUGUCGAUAUUGGAUAUGAAAUUGUCACAGUUUCUGCAGUUGAUGAUGAUUUGGAAACUUGUGUUGAUAAAUCCAACUGUCCUUGUGGUCGGAUCAAGUAUUCUAUCAUUAAAGGAAACGAGCUUGGGUUGUUUCAUAUCCAUCCAGAUAGUGGAGUUGUCAGUCUUGUUAAAAAACCAUAUGAUCAUCAUGAAGUAAUCUCUAUCACCAUACUUGCAAAAAAUGAUGAGUAUUCAUUGAAUAAAGAAGAAGAAAUUGAUAAAAAUAAAGCAACUGUUGUUAUAACUUUUCAAAGUGAUGAGUUUCGUGCAAAUGUUUCAAGAGAGCGAAGAUCACUUCAUCAUCGUACACGAAGGAGUGUUACGUCAUACAGUGCUCUCGAAAUAACCUUUGAAGCAACGACCAAUCAAACAUUUUUUCCUUCUGAUUCUUCGAUUGACUACCGUUUGUAUGUGAAACAGAACAGUUCUGCCUCUCCUGAACAACUGAACAACAUCAGGAUCCUGUUGAAAUCUGACAAUCUCAAACUUCCUUCAGAGAAAUCUGGAUAUUCAGUAAAUAUUUCCAAUUCUAUUCAAACAAUUGGAUCGUUUGAACAUUCAGAAAAUAAAAACGUAAAAUUCACAGUUCCAAACCAUAUUUCUGCUUCGGGUUCACAAGCUUAUAUGGAAAUAAAGUUCAACACAAUAGUUCGAGCAACAUUAAAUCCUUUGGCUUUACUUCAAGUUACGUUCAUUAUGAAUGCAACAACGUCAAAUGUUCCAGUGACGUUUGGUCCUAAGUAUUCUAAUGAAAUUUUUACAACUUAUCCUGAAAUCACAUUACGACGAACAACGUUUGGAGACGUUAAAGUUGAAAGUGCGCUGGAUUACAAAAUCAACAUAUCAAUGCCUUUCUUCAAUUUUACUUUUCUCCUUGAAAUGUCGACAGUCGUGAACGCAUUUCGUUUCUUGAGCAUAGAAAAUGUAACUUUAGGGGAAGUUAGUGACUCAAUCAAAGCUCAACAUUCUUCACCGACACCAAAAAUAUACACUGGAGUAAAUGACAACAUCAAUGGUCGUGUUAUCUUGGACUUCGGAAGCAUUAAGGUGUUAAAUACUGAUAAAAACCACAACACAAUGAAACUUUCCUUCUCAGUCAAAGUUAAUGAUCACCAUUUACUUGCCAAUAACUCCAUACACUGGGUAGGACUUGGUGCCCAAUCUGGCGAUGAAAUGCUUUGGGUGGGACAAGAUGCGAUUACAAUUUCAAAGAACGAGCCAUAUUUACUUGCUGAAAUCAAAGCAGUGAACAACACAGAUUCAAGUCGCAAUUAUAUAAAUGAUGUCCUUGUAUUUUCUUGGACCGUUAAACAUUCAGUAAAUGGUUCUUAUGGUAGUGCAAAUGAUGUGAAAGUCAUCUUUACACUUUCGCCUUAUCUUGAAUGGCUCACAGACAGUGGAUUUAGAAAUCGCGGCAGUACAAAAGAUGAUACUAACGCUAAAGGCUCAAAGGUUAUAACUUUUACAUUCACAGAGAAUGGCGGGGUUCUCAAUCCGGGUGCUAGUAUAGCAGGUACUACUGUCACCAAGGUAAAAUCAAAUGUUAAGCCACUAUCUGAUUUGAAUAUCGCUAUCAAAAUUGAUUACAAAUCAAGUGCAAAUGAAAUUCGUCCUGUACGAACGUACAAGCCUGACCCAGGAUACCUGUCAGGAGUACCUAAGUUUAAUUUGUCAUCAAAUGUUCAAGACAAUUUAAUCAGAAUUGGACAACUGGUGAUUAUUACCGUGAAAGUUAUUGUAAACAAAAUGACUCUGAAUGGGAAGUUUCAUAUUGUGUUGCCUGCUGUUUCUAACAAUUCUGUGAUGCAAUUUGUGCGUCACGAAUCGUUCCAACGACAGUCCAGACACAUCGGUUCCAACGUUCGAGUUACUCAAAAAUUCAUGAAUGCAGUAGCGAUGUUUAAUUCAUCUGUGAACAACACAUUUUAUCAUGAUACAGCUGAAAUUGACUUUGGUGCUGUUGAGAUCAAUGAUCUAAAAGAGUCAGCCUUGUCUUCUGUUGAAAACAACACAAUGAGUUUCAAUUUCGUUGUUGUUUUAAAAGACAAUGAUUUUGUGACUAAUCGGUCCAACUAUAAGAUUGCAAUUGGUGCAAGAGGUAGUGACAGCAUGGUUUGGAUCGGUCAGCUCAUAUUCAUUGCAGAUGUACCUCUCAAUCGCAGACCUAUGCUGCAGAUUGUUGCCAAUAUUAAUGAUACUGAUCGCUUGACUCAAGGGUCAACUGUAACAUACAACUUCACAAUUUCUCACAAAGAGAUGUCUACUGCUCUUGCUUUCGAUGUUGAAGUUGUGUGGCUUAUACCUCCUUACACUAAGUUUUUGGGUGUUGAUGAGACGUCACAUGAAAAGAUCACAUUCACGGUAGAAAAAAAUGUUAUAUUUAAGGUGAGUCAUUUGGAUUUUGGCGAAAUCAUGAAAAUCUCAUUCUCGAUUUUAUUGGACCCAUAUAAAACAUUAAAAAAAAGUGGUGAGAGUUAUGCUGUUACUCCUGUUGCUCUAAGUUACAAAAACAAGCAGAAAAACAUUUACUAUGAACCUUUGCUGUCUGUGGCAAUCAAAUUCAGCGUUCCAGAAAAACCCAUUAAAAAACCCAAGAAUGCUGUUGCAGAAUUUUAUUCCCAAGGCUUCAUCAUAGACAAUUCAAGUUCUGCUAUUUAUAUUUGUUCGGUUUCCUCCAAGAGAAACAAACCAAGUUGUUUUUGGACGAACACCAAGGGUGCGACUUGGAAAGCUGUUGACGUCAUGGUGAUCAGCAUUAUUGGUAUCGAUAGUACCAAUAAUAUACUGUACGGCGUAGGCAAUAACAUGUUGAGUUACAUGAAGUAUACAUCAAAUAAAAAACGAUGGUAUGCUGUAUCACAUAAGGAAUGGGAAAAUGCAAAAGAUAACUUGUACAAGGAUGUUGUAAGUGUCACAGGAAAUGAUGUAGAUAGCGAUCAGCCAGAAAUCGAAAAGCAGAGAAAUGUUGAAAAUGGAGAAAAGUGGGGUGCAACUAAAUCUGGCGUCUUUUAUUAUUCAUCACAAAAUCCCGGUUGGAGGCGCAAAGCAUUUUGGAACUGCUGCAACUAGUUCAUGCUCUUAUACAUAAAGAUGAAAUGUUCACUAAAAUGGGUCAUGCUCUUCAUGUGACAAAAAUUUUGUAUAUGUUCGUAUUGUACACUCUUUGCAAUGAUAAAGAAGACCAAAAUUUUUAUCAGUGCCUGCACCUGUCACUUAUGAAUUGUUGUAUUUAUUCGAAGUAGUUUUUGUUAGUAAGAAAUAGUUUGUUCAUACUUUGCAUGAAAGCAGUUUGUAUAAAAUAUUUGUAGUUAUUUAAACAAGCGUAAGAAUAAAGUAUUUACUUCGUCUUA